AGGGGAUGUGAGUCGAGGGAUUUUGAAAGCGGUUGAUGGUGAACCGCGGCGAAACAGUCAGGUGUCAUGUGCGUGUUUUCAGACAGGUGAUAGAGAGACAUGGAUCAGGCUGUCAGGGCUCUUUUACUGCUGCUCUUAGCGCAGUUACCGGCUUCACUUCACUGCACUGAAGCCCCCGCUGGAGACGAUGGAGGAUGGGGACUGGAUUCCAGUAUUGAGGAUGAAGGCGAGUGCAACAUUGAGAUCAGAGAUGUGAACUCAAUAACACACACAGAGUUUAUUGAAGAGUAUGCUUACGCAAAACCAGUUAUACUCCGAGGACUUACAGAUAACACGAAGUUCCGUGUCCAGUGCUCCAAAGCCAAUCUGUUGAGAGAGUAUGCAGAGAAAAUGGUCCGUCUCAGCACGGCCAAUACACACUCAUACAGGAAAGUGGAUGUGCGGUUUGAAGAGUUUGUGAAGUUCCUGUUGACCCCUCAGCCUAAAGACAUCCUGGGCAGUGAUACGCUGUACUUCUUCGGGGACAAUAACUUCACGGAGUGGCAUUCGCUGUUUGAAGAGUAUAAAGCGCCACCUUUUUCUCUUCCAUUAAUGCAUCCUGCAUACAGCUUUGGGAUUGCUGGACCAGGUACUGGCGUCCCGUUUCACUGGCAUGGUCCCGGAUACUCUGAAGUUAUCUACGGCAGGAAGCGCUGGUUUCUUUACCCCCCUGACGAGGCGCCUGAGUUCCAUCCCAACCACACCACUCUGUCCUGGGUUUCUCUGUCCUACCCAAACCUGGAGCUCCACCAGAGGCCCCUGGAGUGCACCAUACGACCAGGAGAGGUGCUGUAUUUUCCAGAUCGUUGGUGGCAUGCAACUCUAAAUCUGGACACCAGCGUUUUCAUUUCAACUUUUCUGGGGUGAAGGCUGAUGUGGUGGUCAUUAGGGCUAAGGAGGUAUAUUGAGUUUGUAUGACAAUUUUUAUUAGCGAUAUGAUAUGAGGUAAUACUGUUCUUAUCGAUAUACAGUAGUUUGAUACGAGCGCAUCUGAAUAAUAGCAGCAUUGAUUGUAUUGUAUCGCCCAGCCCUAGUGAUCACACACCAUGUGCGUUUGACUUGAAGGACCAAUCAAGGAUUUGUUGUUGAGAGGACCAACUCAGAGGAGUUUGACUCAGUUUGAAGUCAAGCCAUCAGUCCAUUAACUUGAACUAUAUCAUUUUUUAAUAGAAGAUGCCUUUGAUGUGAGAUUUAAGUAAUUUGUUAAGUAUAGCUGUGUUGUCGAGACUAUACUUUGCAUUCUUUCUAUUGGGUUUUAAUGUUGCAUUGAAUUAAACAGAUAAUCGGUGCAAGUAA